CUUGGACCUCACCAGGCUGAACUGUCAGUAGCAUAAUGAAGGACUUGUUCGUCAUAUAUAGCGUGUUUGUAUGCACCGUGCUGAGUGGUCUAUGGGACACAGCCCAGGGUCGGAGACUUCACUUGGGCAGUUGUAAAGUGAACAUACACACGCAUGAACUCAGGCACCACUUCCAGCACAUCCGGCAAAGCAUGAUUUCAGGAGAUGAUCACAAGGGAAUCAGAUUACUUAGAAAAGAUAUGAUGCACAGUUUACAGGCUACAGAAAGCUGCUGUUUCCUCAGGCAGCUCCUUCACUUCUAUAUGGAUAAGGUUUUUAUAAACUACACCAGCAGUCAUUCCCUACAUCGCAGAACCACCAGCGUUCUGGCCAACUCCUUCCUCAGUAUCACCAAGGACCUGCGAGUGUGUCAUGCUAAUGCACACUGUGAGUGCGGGGAAGAUGUCAAACUAAAACUCACAGGCAUUCAAAGCACGUAUGACAAGCUUGAUAAGACAUCAGGAGCAGUGAAGGCUAUCGGAGAGCUGGAUUCACUACUUGAAUGGAUAGAAAGUUUCCAGCACCACUGAUAAUACACCAAGACCAAGUCAGAUAUUUAUUACAGUUCUAAAACCGGGACAGCUGCAUAGAUUCAAGAAUAAAGAAUCUUUACUACUUGACUCUAAAAAAAAGAGUUUAAAAAGUUUUUGCUUCCUUAGAGUUUAUGUGAGAAUAAUUUAUUUACAAAGAACUAUUUUAGACCAUAUUUCUUAGCAUAUUUGCAUGAUGUAUAAAUGUCAUGCUGCAAAGUAGACCUUUG